AUGGCCCCGACGAGGCCCACAGCAGACGACCAGAAAAACACAUCUAUCUUUCUCGCUGGCACGACAAGCGCUACAGGCGAACCUGACUGGCGCGAGACGCUCACGCAGGCCUUGAGUGAACAUGCGGUCACAAUCUUCAACCCCAAGCGCGGCGACUGGGAUUCUACAUGGAAGGAGGAUUUCUCGGAUAAUCGUUGGGAGGAGCAGAUCUGGUGGGAGCUGGACAUGCAGGAGGCGGCUGACAUUGUCGUCGUUUUCUUGCAUGGGGCAACUGUGGCACCUAUCAGUCUGCUGGAACUUGGGCUGGCAGUCAAGUCUGGAAGGGCGAUUGUCUGUGUCAUGGAUGAUUACAGCAAGAGAGGGAACGUGGAGGCUGUUUGUCGACGGUAUCGGGCGAGGUUGACGAGGACAGAGGAGCAGUUGAAGGUGGCCGUUCUUGCGAGGUUGACUGGUCACGCGCGAUGA